ACCACCCUGGCCACGAGGAUGAUGAUGGGGGUAUGGUGGCUCUUUGCUUUGAUCGUCAUCUCCUCCUACACGGCCAACCUGGCUGCCUUCCUCACCAUCAGCCGCAUCGAGAACUCCAUCCAGUCUCUCCAGGACCUGUCCAAGCAGACAGAGUUGCCCUACGGGACGGUGUUGGACUCAGCUGUGUACGAGCAGGUGCGCAGUAAGGCCAUGAACCCCUUUGAAAGGGACCCCAUGUACUCCCAGAUGUGGCGUAUGAUCAACCGCACCGGAGGGGCCGACAACAACGUGGAGGAGUCCAAGGAGGGCAUCCGCAAGGUGAAGUACGGGCAUUUUGCCUUUGUGUGGGAUGUGGCGGUGCUGGAGUAUGUGGGCAUCAACGAUGAGGACUGCUCCUUCUACACUGUGGGGAACAAGGCACCAGACCGGGGCUACGGCAUCGCCCUGCAGCACGGCAGUCCAUACAGGGACAUCUUCUCCCAGAGGAUCCUGGAGCUGCAGCAGAACGGGGACAUGGACAUCCUGAAGCUGAAGUGGUGGCCACGGGACAGCCCGUGUGACCUGUACUCUGCGGUGCACACUAAACACCGCGGCAGCGCCCUGGACAUCCACAGCUUUGCCGGCGUGUUCUGCGUGCUGGCGGCGGGUGUGGUGGUCUCCUGUCUCAUUGCCAUGGUGGAGACCUGGUGGACAAGGAGGAAGGGCUCACGAGUCCCCUCCAAAGAGGAUGAUAAGGAGAUCGACCUGGAGCACCUUCACCGCAGGGUUAACAGCCUGUGCACAGAGGACGACAGCCCCCACAAACAGUUCUCCACCUCCUCCAUUGACCUGACGCCACUGGACAUGGACUCUAUGCCGGCCAACCGGCAGGCCCUGGAGCAGAUCAGCGACUUCCGAAACACGCACAUCACCACUACCACCUUCAUCCCCGAGCAGAUCCAGACCCUCAGCCGCAGCCUGUCUGCCAAGGCCCAACAGGGCUUCGCCUUUGGUCCCGUGCAGGACCACCGGACUGGGGGGCCCUUCAGGCAGAGAGCCCCCAACGGAGGCUUCUUCCGCAGCCCCAUCAAGACUAUGUCCUCCAUACCCUACCAGCCCACUCCCCAGCCCAACUUCGGCUACGGCAACGACCCAGACCGGGGCACGUCCAUAUGAGGCGAGAAGGAGUAUGCCGCACAGCGAGAGAAGGAUGAAAUUAAACGCACUCAAAAAAAUCUAUGUACAUAGGAAUCUUUUUCAGUUCUGAUUUUUUGAGGGGCUUUGCUUUUGUUUGGUGGGGGGGGUGAUUUUCCUGCUGAAACCUGGUGGUGAGAGGUCGGGGACUUGAAUAUUUGCUUUAUUGUCAUCAUUCUCAUGGUUGUCUAGGGAUCAUUUGGGUGUGACGGGGCUCUGUUUUCUCUUUUUUGUUUCAUGGCAUUUGAGGACUGCCUUUCUGAAGAAGCUUUUGGACCCAACAAGGAGGACAUGUAUUUGUUUUUUACAACAGAAAACACUUUUCUGUUCUUGAAAUCCACAAAUCGGCAACAACCCUAUGCUCAUUUGAAGGAUGUUCUUGUCUUUGCCUUUCACCAUAUGGGACUCCAUCCCACUCAGUUCUCUGGUGUUGAUCAUCAAUGCCUGUACUCCAAAUCUGAAAUCUGCCCCAAAAUGGGUGUCCAUUGGCUCCACUACCCUGCAGACUGAGACCUCACUGUCUGAGCUCUGGGCACGCUUCGUCAUUUUUGUGCACAUAAGGCUCCAUCAAUUCCACUGCACUGUACCAGUGCCCAUAGACCUGUAUUUGAUUGUAUGUAGUUUGGAUCUUUUUUUCUCACCUGUACUGUGCUGUCUAUUUCAAGGUGAGCGCCUCAGCCUCUAAACAAACACUUGAGAGAUGCAUAGAGGGACAAAAAGGAACUGAAAAUAACAGAGAUAAAAGACAACAGAAAAAGGACUUUAAAAAGCAGCUGAGGCUAUUGUAUGUAUUUUAUUGAAUUUGUUUUGAAAAUCUAUUUCAAUCCGUGGAAUGUGUUUGGUCAGAAUGUCACACCCAAAAAAAAUUUGGCGCUGUCUCAGUUUUUUUUCUACCAAUUUUGAAAAGCGCUAAAUGACUGCUAUAGUCUUACUCUGGUUUGCAUCAUCAAUCAUAUUCAAAAAACUGUUGUUUUUUUUUUUACCUAAUUUGUAGUUCUACCAGGGCUCAGUCAGAAAAAAAGUCACAUUUCAUUCUCCAGUCCACUAACUGACUGUUGUGUAGCUGUAAGGGCAAACAGUUGAGCUCAGAGUGAGGAGAACCCCUUUCAGAUAACAUCCUCAGUACAAGCCAUAUCAGUACAGGCUGGCUUCACCUUGCCAGUUUCCUGCUUCAAUAGGAUUUCUUGCCAUUGGAACUGUAGAGCUGAUGGCAUUCAUUUUGAAAGAUCUUUCUUCAUUUCUUAAAUGUUAAGGGUACUGUUUAUCUAACUUUUUUUAAAGUGCCAAUUGUUUAAUUGAGGCCAUUUAAGGUGCAGUUUGGAGGGAGGGGGUCAAAAAAGAUAUAUUUUGUGAAGGGAAAAGUGGAACCAAACCUUUUCACUAACACUGUAUUAAUAUUUAAUAAUGUUUGUUGUUUAGAAUGAGCUUUCAGUUUGUUAUCUUAAGACUAAACCGCAAAUGUUGUGCGUAGAGAACAGAAGCCGUGUUUGAUGCAAGCCUUCUAGAUUUUCUUUUCUUAAGCUACGGUAUGGCUAUCGAAUGACAAUAGGACACAGACGAUGUUUCAAGAAAUUUUAUUUCCUAUUAAUGACAGACACAUUAUGAAAUAUGUAUAUUUUACAUGUUGAUGCUAUAUUUGUUUAAAAAAAAAAAAGAAUAUAUCAUAUGAGCAUUGAGUUAGCAGUCACCCUAUACAUUUGGUUUCCCUCAGUUCCAGCCCACACAUAAGCUCUCUCAUGUCAUCUUGAGUUCAUUUUGAUUUGCUGGUUAAUAACAGAGGAGGCAAGUUCUUAAAAAGAAGCAUGCACAACUUGCCAUGCCCCGUGACAUGUUUUAUUUCAUACAUAGAACGUACAGGAUUACUUGAUAAUUUUCAACUGAUUAUGAUGUGCAGUAUUUAAUAUAGGCCUAUUUUGUUGUAUGUGUUGCAUAUUAUUCAAACGGAACAAACUGAGGCCUCUGUUACAAGUGGCAAAGCUUUCUGUGUAUAAUUUGUCUAAUAAACUUGUUUUCUACAGUGG